AUGGCCAUGGACGAGUCGUUCGUGCGCUGGGCUUUGUGUCAGUCGGGAGGGGAUCGCAAGUUCAAUGUGGCGGAGUCCGCCUACGAGGAGCUGGCCCUUCAUGUCGAGCUCCGCCUCCGGAGAGUCUUGCGCUUGGCGUGGCGUCUCUGCCUCCACGCACGGCGACGGCGACUGGAGAGGAGCGAUGUGGAAGACGUCAUUCUUAUCAAUGGCAUCUUCCCGGGAGGGCCGAUGCGCCUGGCACCCAUCUUUGCCUUGGCCUCUGCAGCCGCAACAGCUCGAGGCGCACCCGGGCACGACAGGCUCGUGUCCAUUUCUGCAGAGCUGCAGAAGUCCUCCCACCAAAUCAAGCGGAGAGAGGAGAAGCCAUCGCCAUGCCUCAGUACGGUGGCGUUGAUGGAAACGGGAGAGUUCAAGGUUCCUCGACUGGAAGAGGAUUUGCCCUGGACUUUGCCGGAGCCGGGUUCGCCACGCCCGAGUGCACGGGAGAUGACGACGGAGAUGCGGCAACGCCUGCUGCGGACGGUGCAAGUCCUAGAGGGCGGCAUGGCGACGAGGCCGCAACAUGCGGCUACGCUAGCAGAUGUCGCCUCGGAUUCCUUCGCUCCCCUGGCACCACAUCUGGCGGAAUUCCUGGCGCACCACGUGCCACAGCGAGUGGCCGCUGCAGCAACCCCUUCUGAGCUCCUCCUGCUCCUGCGGAUUCUGGAGGCAAUCACGGUCUCCCCCCAUGUCAACUCGACUGGGUAUCUCCACCUCUGCCUGGUUCCUGCCCUGGUCCUUUGCCUCAAGAGCCGCAGUGAGCCCAGCGAUGGUGCGGAGCUGGAGCAAGGCGAAAGCAUGCAGGAGGUUGCAGCAGAUAGCAUCAGCCGCACAGCCGCGGGUUUUCUGGCCAGCAUGGUGCGUAACAACGCGAUUCGGCUCCCCGAGUUGGGCAUGGAGGCACUUCGGCUCCUUCGCGCGGUGCUUUCAAGGCGCCCUCCGCUUCGCACGGCGGCGGGGGCAGCUUUCUGCCUGGCCCGGCUCGGUCCCCGUGCUGUCGAGGAGGUGCUGUGCCCCGCACUGCGACCGGAUGCAGCCUUCGCUUGCUACCUUGCGCAGCUGCAGGGCAGCCCACGCUCAGCGCUGUUGCUGGCUGCCUUGGCGGAGGCGCUCCGUCGAGCAGCUUUAGAAGGAGGAGAUAUCGCCAUCCUCUCUGCAGCUUGCGACCAUGCUGUGCGCGCCCUCGGAGGCGCUGGUGAUCUCGCAUGGAUGUCCCUGGGCCUUGGGAUGCAGGUGGAGAGCGUGACGGCCGCCGAAGGCGGCCUGCCUGCCAAGCGGCGAAAGCUUCAGGCCACGCCUCUGGGAGACGGCCGGAUCAACGACGAGGUGCUCGAAGGCUUGCGUAGCCAAAGACUGCCCGCGACUUCCUUCUCGCCCCCGGCGCGGCGAGAAGAGCUCCUUGCGCGGCUGCGGCCGCAUUUCUAG